CAAAGAGGUGCGCCGGGGAAAUGUUGGUUUACUGUGUUUAAAAUAUUUUAAAAAGAAACCGUCGUGCUUAUCUUGUGAGCAGUGAUGAACAGUGCGUCGAUGUGAAAGAAGAAUUCUAGUGAAGUGAUCGUCUAAUACCGCAAAUCAAUUAUGAAAAGUGUUCCAGUAUUAGCUCUUAUUGGACUGAUGUCAAUUCAUUCGAGUUUAUGUAUGAAACCGGUAGAACCCUACUACGGCAGGAAAAUUGGCAGACUGGUGGAAUUUGCUCAUGGUAUCAGAGGCAUAGCGUACGCUGUGGACGAGAGUACCAUAUUUAUCAAAGGGUUCUCGUACGAUGGGACGGGUCCAGACGCCUUUUUUUGGAUAGGAAACUCGCCUAGACCUAGUCCCGAGGGAAUAAUCAUUCCCUAUCCUGAAAAUUACAUUGGCAGAGAUCCACCGGUAUUACAGGCUUACAACAACACAGACAUAAUCCUCAGGCUGCCAUUGGGAAAAAGAAUUAGGGAUAUCCGAUGGCUCUCGGUCUGGUGUAGACGAUUCACGGUAGACUUCGGCGAAGUGUUUAUACCCCCAAAUCUGGAAGUACCGAAACCGAGAGUUCUUCCAGAAUUUAAACGACUUGCUCACGGCCUUCGUUCAGACAACAUCAGUAUUUUAGACGCAAAAACAUUCUACAUUCCGAAUUUACAUUACGAUGGAGCAGGACCAGACGCUUAUUUCUGGGUUGGAAAUGGUUCCGAACCCACCUCCUUUGGGAUCAAAGUUCCUAAUGAAAUGGGAUCACUGGAUCCAUUGAGGGGUUACCAAGGUGAAGACAUUGAAAUUCAACUACCUGGGUUAUUGACAGUGUACGACAUAGAUUGGUUAGCGGUUUGGUGCGUUCAAUAUAGACAUAACUUCGGCCACGUUUAUAUUCCGAAAGAUCUAGAAGUUCCACCUGCUCUUGGUCAAACGAAAGUUUCUCCUCCUUGGUGGUACAAUCCAACCAGUACUACUCCAAAGACUGGCGUUCCAGCUAACUGUCGAGAAUUUUUGGACAAACGAUUGCAAGUCCGAUGGAAGAUAGAAGAUGAUUACGUUGACAUCAUUUUGUCUGCCAAAAUUCCUGAAGAUCAAUACAUAGCGUUCGGAUUAUCCGGAGCAUCCGGUAAACCACAAAUGAUUGGCGGAGACGUAAUAGUGGCCUUUUACGAUAGAGAGACCGGUACCUUCCAUGCAGAAGACUACUACAUAUCCCACAACGCCCAAUGUGAUGGUAAGCAAGGUGUUUGUCCUGACGAACGAAUUGGGGGAAGAAACGAUGCUACGUUGAUAUCAGGAUCGCGCGAUAAUGGAAUAACGACUGUCACAUUUAGAAGGCCUCUUAAAACCAACGAAGCUAUUCACGAUCAACCAAUACCGGAAACUGGAGAAGUAUCGGUCAUUGCCGCCUUUGGACCUUUAAAUUCUUUGAAAGAAGCAAACGCGCAUUCUGCAGCCGAUAAAACAGCCGAUGAUUUAAGAAUCGAUUUCAGCAAUUACGAUGACCACGAUUGCACAAUCAAUUUGGAAGAUUUGGGAGAAAUUGGUGGGCCAAAACCUUGGCCAGCUGCCAAAAUUAUCGGAGAAACUACUUUUAAUGCAAGACUAGGUCCGACGGGUGGCAAAAGAGGAUACACAGCUAUUACUGGGUUGCCAUCUUGGGGUAUAGCUUGGUAUAUAAACGACAUGCUGAUACCUGAACUGACAUUGGAAAGAGGUCAAACUUACACCUUCAAAGUUGAGGGAGGAGAUGACAGUAGCAAUCCCGCAAGGUACCAUCCUUUCUACAUAACAGACUCUAAAGAAGGCGGUUUUGGGCAAAAAACCGAAGAGGAAAAAAUGAAACAAAAAGUGUACGCUGGAGUGGAAUAUGACGGACAAGGAUACGCCUAUCCUUCUCUAGCCGGAAGGUACUGCGAAUGGGCGCACAAGAGUAUCGAUAAGUCAUUAGAAUCUGAAACUUUUGAAGAAUUUACGAAAACUUUGCGACUGGAAUGUGACCAAGGGGAACCCGCUUAUUUGAACUGGACGGUUCCGAUGGAGGCACCAGAUGUUUUAUACUAUCAGUGUUAUACACACAAUAACCUCGGUUGGAAGAUCAACAUCGUAGAACCAGGUUACAUAUCGCUCCACAAUAGUAACAUCAACGGUGCAACUUUACACCUUGUGCCGAUAAAUCUAAUAUGGGUAUUAAUUACAUACACGAUAAGCCACCAUAUACUCUUAAUUAAUUUGUAACGAAAAUUUUAAAUAUCUUUUUUCUACUGACUGAAAGUUUUUGAGAAUUUAUGUAAUUACUAUAAUGAUUACAGGGUUUUGUUCGUGUGUUGAGGAACUGAUGGCAAAUUUAAAAAAAUAAGUGCGGUUUAAUGUAACGGCUGAAAUACUUAACUAACAUUUUGAAAUAAUGUGAUAAGAUCAUAUGUAUCUUUGUUUAGAACUGUUUGCGGAGAAGAUAGUUUAAUGAAAG